CUCUCCUGGCCAAGUCGGAAGUCGGAAGUAGGAAGUAAGAUACAAGAUGGCGACGUCCCCAAACACCUCCACUCUUUCUCCAAAGAAGAAAGAUGAAUCCAUUUUGGAAAAGAUUGGUACUAUGGGACGCAAAAAGAAAAUAAAGGAAGUUGCCGAACUUCAAGAAGAGGGGAAACAUGCCAUUGAAUCACCAACCAGCCCAACAAUAGCAGACAUUGGGCCUGAAGGAUACCAAUUGGCUGACAAUGAGGAACGCUCAAUGAUUGAGCCGUCAUCUAGGGAAAAUCCCAAAUUAAUGGAACUAGUCAAGGUUUUACUGGACUGGAUCAAUGACUUGCUGGCUGACCACCGUAUCAUUGUCAAGGACAUUGAGGAGGAUCUCUUUGACGGACAGAUCCUGCAGAAAUUGAUUGAAAAGCUGUGCAAUGUCCGGGUAGAGGCGCGGGAGGUCACUCAGUCGGAGAUUGGCCAGAAGCAGAAGUUGCGUGUUGUUCUGGACUACAUCAACCACACCCUGAACGUGCCCCCUGUGUGGAGCCAGCAGAAGUGGAGUGUAGACAGUGUCCACUCUAAGAACUUGGUUGCCAUCCUGCACCUGUUGGUGGCCCUCGCCCGCCACUUCCACGCCAGGAUCCGCAUGCCCGACAAUGUGACCGUCACUCUGCUGGUUAUACAGAAAGUUGACAACAUCUUGCAGACCAGAUACGUGCAAGAAGAAAUUACAACAAACUACGAUGACGCUGAUGGCCGGUCUGAGAGGGAUGCUUUUGACACGCUGUUUGACCACGCCCCCGACAAACUGAAUGUUGUGAAAAAGACACUUCUGACAUUUGUGAACAAGUACCUGAUGAGGCUGAACCUUGAGGUCACAGAUCUGGACAAUCAGUUCCAUGACGGAGUGUACCUGAUUAUUCUGAUGGGGCUCCUGGAGGGCUACUUCACCCCCCUCUACCAGUUCCAUGUGACUCCCACCACUUUCGAGCACAAG